UUUGCAAUGAUUGAAAUGAGUUAUCGUUAUCAAAUUAUUCCUAUUACAUAAGAAAAAGAUAAAUAUUUUAUGAACGAAACAUCCUAAAAGAUUUCUUUCCACGCAGAACAAAAAUUCUUUAAAAAACGAGUUAUAUUUAUUCUGUGCGGAACAAGGAAAAAUGUUUGUAUUCCGCCGCCGCUUUAACUUGAAUAAGGUCGCGAAUUGUUUUCUUCAAGAACAUUCUACGAUAAACAAAGUUAUGGGAACUUCAUCUUCAAGAUCCUUUUCUCCUAAAUGUGGAACAAGUAAAAAUGAAAAUGAAAAUCGUGGGACAAUAUCACGAACUGAUUCAACAAACCAUUAUGUGGAAUCUGUAGUUUGUAAAGCAAAUGAUCUGAAGGAAAAUGAGAUGAAAGUAUUUGAUAUAGGAGAGGAGGGUAAAGUGUUGUUAGUUAAACAGAAGGGAGAAUUCAGUGCAGUGGGCACUAAGUGUACACAUUAUGGAGCCCCACUUGUGACUGGAGCCCUAGGAGAUGGAAGGGUGAGGUGUCCCUGGCAUGGGGCAUGCUUUAAUUUGAAAACCGGUGAUAUAGAAGACUUCCCCGGUUUUGAUUCCUUACCAUGCUAUCAAGUUACUGUGACAGAAAAAGGAGAAGUUAAAGUGCGCGCUAAAAUAUCGGAUUUAAAAUCCAACAAGAGAUCAAAGGAUAUGGGAUCAAGAGCGCCCUGCGACGACACUUCAGUAGUAAUCAUCGGCGGAGGUCCUUCGGGCGCUACUUGCGCUGAAACUCUACGGGGCGAGGGUUUCAAGGGACGCAUCACUAUUGUCGCCAAAGAGAACUACCUGCCUUACGACAGAAUCAAAAUAUCAAAAAUAACAACACCCACAGAUAUAGAGAAACUGCAAGUCAGAAACCAAGACUAUUACACAGACGCAAAUAUAGAAAUCCUUAAAGGUGUCGAAGCGACCAAACUCGAGCCAGAAGCGAAAGUAGUUCAUCUGAGCAACGGAAAGAAAUUACCUUACAGUACAGUUUAUAUUGCAACUGGAUGCAAACCACGAGUGCCCGAUAUUCCAGGCAUCGAUUUGAAAAAUAUAUUCACAGUUAGAAACUACGAGGAUUCCGUAAAUAUCCUCAAAGCUUUAGGUUCAGAUAAAGACAAGAACGUGGUCGUUCUCGGACUCAGUUUCAUCGGUUUGGAGGCAGCGGCGUCUUGCACACAAGCGUCCAAGUCUAUGACCGUCGUUGGCAAAGACACCGAGCCCCUCGGAUUAAUAUUCGGACCGGAAAUUGGCAGGAGUCUAAGAAAACUAUUUGAAGAGAAGAAUGUUAAAUUCCAUUUCGAAACAACAAUUACCAAAUGUAUCGGUGAAAAUGGUAUGAUAAAGUCCGUUGAACUGGCCAAUGGUACUACAUUACCCGCAGACCUGUUGAUUUUGGGUGUGGGAAGCACAUUCUAUACAGACUUCCUCAAAGAUAGUGGUAUCGCACUGCGGCCGAAUGGUGCGGUUAUUGUAUCUGAUAAACUGGAGACGAAUAUCAAAAACGUUUACGCUGGCGGUGAUAUCGCUUACGCACCCGUGUUCGCUCAUAAUGACGAACAAAUGGCCAUUGGACAUAUAGGUCUUUCCCAGUACCAUGGCAAAGUUGCCGGUCUUAACAUCUUGAAGAAGGAAACUCAACUCAAAACUGUGCCAUAUUUCUGGACCAUGCUCUUUGGGAAGUCUAUACGGUAUGCAGGGUGCGGUAAACCAUCUAGCACACAAAUAGAGGGAGAUAUUGAUGCAUUGAAAUUCGUUAUAUUUUUCUUUGAUAACUCGGAUAAGGUUAUAGCCGUGGCAUCAUGCAUGCGGGAUCCUGUAGUCUCUCAAUUUGCAGAACUUGUAUAUCAAGGUAAAUCUUUAUACAAGAAAGAUCUAAAGGAUGAUCCUUUCGCAUGGACAAAGUAGAUGUAAGAUUCAGUAUUAUUUAUCUUAGUAUUAUCAAUUCAAUUGUGGAAUUUGAUAUAGAGAAUGGCUCUGUUCUGUAACAGUUUAAUUUUAAAUCGAGUAUUUUUAAUUGAAAUAGGAUGUUAUUUAAAAAAUUUCAUGCUUGUACACAUCUAUAAUAUUUAUAAUAUAAUAAACAUUUUUAACUAAAAGACUUGUUGAACUAUAGUUUAUGUUCAUAAUGUAUUCAUGUAGAUUAUGAAAAGGCCAUCACUAUCCUAAGAUCGAAUCUUUUUCAGAACAGAGCUAUGUCAAAUGUACUCACAAUGCAAUAAAAAACUUCAUUAUAGCUUAUUGCACAUAGUGCUUCAAAUCUUAAUUUAUAUAUUAUUUAAAGCAAAUUUAUCUGCUUCUAAUAAAGGUAUUAAUAUAAAAUAUUUAUUUGCAAAUAUUUCUGUGAAUUUAUAAAUUAAACUAUAAAAUAAGCUAAUUUUGAAAAAUAUUUAAACAAGUAUUUAUAAUGUUCAAGUUUUAUAUGUGUCUAUAAAUGUGAUAUUACAGUGUCCAUGUACUAGUUAUGUGUUAAUAAAUAAAGUAUAUAAUGUUAUAAUAACACGGAUUUUAUUCGGAUUACAUCAUUGGUACCAUAUUGUAUGAACUAUAGUUUAGAAGAUAGAAUGCAUACGAGAAGAGUAAAAGCUACAAACUCACUAUUUCUUAUUGUAUAUUCAAAAACAAUACAUUUACAGUAAUUCUACCAAAUAAUAUAAUAAAAACAAAUUCUUGCU